CAGAACAGUCUAUUAAUUAUUACCCCUGUAGGGGCUUUCACUGAGGACUUUACCACCACAGGGCGCUGACACGGUGAUAGUUUGCCCCCUCGCUGUGUGACAGAAGAGGCUCCUGCUCUGCUCCACAGCGGCUCCCUGGAGGGAGAGUUUCCAAACGGGGAGGACAGGGGGGGAGUGCGUAAAGGAGAAAGUUCAUCCGGACCGGCAGCGCGCGCCAUGGCGAGCAAAGAGCAAGGCUGUUCGGCCGGACGGGCCCCGCUGCAGGACUCGUCGGGUUCAGAGUCUGAGCCGGACGGGGUCCCCGCACGCCCCGCCGGUGCGGGCGGCGCGGCCGGCGCUCUGUCCCGCAGCCAGGUGAUCCACAGCGGACACUUUAUGGUGUCGUCGCCGCACAGCGACUCGGCGGCGCGCAGGAGGAGGAGCGGCGGCUCCCUGAGGUACGACUUCGACACCGUCAACGGGACGGGGUGCCACACGUACCGGUACGGGCCCCGCAGCUCCGGGAGCCUGAGCAUCGACCCCACCCUGACCCGCCUGUUUGAGUGCAUGUCCCUGGCUUACAGUGGUAAGAUAGUGUCUCCCAAAUGGAAGUCUUUCAAGGGGCUUCGUUUGCUUUGGAGGGACAAGAUCCGUUUAAACAAUGCAAUCUGGAGAGCGUGGUUCAUUCAAUAUGUGGAGAGAAGGAAGAACUUGGUGUGUGGGUUUGUCACCCCGCUGGAGGGCUCAGAGGCCGAGGCUCACCGGAAGCCUGAAGCAAUCAUAUUGGAGGGCAGCUACUGGAAGAGGAGGAUUGAAGUGGUGAUCAAAGAGUACCACAAGUGGAGGAUUUAUUACAAGAAGAGGCUCCAGAAAAAGAAGGAUGAUAUUCUUUCAAUGCUACAUGAAGGUCAGAUCUGCCAGUCCAAGCUGGACAGAAGAACGAGUCAGAUUUACCAGGAGCCAGAGGCCGCCCCAGUGGAGGCACAUAUGUUUGACUUGGACUGCCUUCUGUCUGACAUCUCUGACACCCUGUUCACCAUGACACAGAAACCAUGUCCUUGGAGCAGCGAGCGGCACAAUACUUACACCAGCAAUGCAGACAUGAUCCAGCCAGGCCUGACUCCUCUACAGCCCAACCUGGAUGACUUCAUGGAUAUCCCAGAUAUCUUCACAAACUAUCGGGGUCAGUCCAGCCAGCAGGCUGCUUUUGCAGACUACAGCUAUUUUGAGAGCUCACCCAGCACGUUUGUUCCUGGUCCCCCCACUGUGCCAACAACUCCUCAGCUGCUUAUCGAUACCCAGCUGGCUCAGCCCGCUUUGACGUCUAAUAAUCUGUCCCAGUCUUCGACAUCCAACACCGGGUCAGACCAGACCAGGCCGAGCCCGGAUUGCAUCGAAUACCAUGCAUCCACCAUUGUGUCAGGAGCUAUGCCAUACAGUCAUCCAUCGUACCACAAUGCACCUGUUACUAUAUCAUUCACUGCAAACACUGAUCAGCCGGCCUCUGCAAGCAUUCCCUUUCUGCAUCCACUGCCAUGCCUCAAGUUUGGCUACCACCCAUCAACUACUGCCACAUCCUCUGUCAUCACUCACACCGCCUCCACCAUGGGCUCUCAGGCCUCACAGCACCAGGUUCAGGGUUACUCUCAAGCCAGGGGCUCGAACACCCACUCUCACAGUUACUCAGCUGGCACGCCUGAGCUUCUCCAUGCACCACUUCCUGCGGCCACAACAGCCCACUGCUUCUCAGUCCCAGAGCAGAUGACCGUUUCAGGGGUCAGAGGGAAGCACAAGCAAAAGACAGGAGGAGUGAGGACAGCUGCAGCCUCGGCCGUGCUGCCAGGAUCCCAGCCCACGGCCCCCAUGCCCACUAGCUGCCUCGCUAAGCUGCUGUCUUCAACUGCACACGAACGAAAACCAACACUUGGAUUUAAAACAAAUCUGUUGACAAGCAAAGGUCAGAGGUCAACAUCCACCAGUUCUUUGCAGGCGAGCAUCGGUUCCCACAUCGGUGGUGUUUCGUCACAGAUGGAGCCUGGAGCUGGUUGGCCUGCAGCUCUGUCUCCUCUGCAUAGCCAAAGUGCCAACCUUGGCCACACUCCGCCUCACGCGGGCACCACCAGAGGGUCUGCGGUGUCUGCCCUGCUAACCCAUGGAGAACCCCACCUUCUCAUUCCCAAGAUGGAGAAACUGUCACCUGUUCAACUACACAGCACAGACAGGAGCAGCUUGAACGUUUGUUUUUCUGGCCAAAUAUCUCCACCGAAUCCGGGAGAGAAAGCCUCCAAUUCCGAGUUUCCACAGUCGGCCUUCUCAGGACAUGGAAAGAUAGAAGCAAGUAAGCACACAGAGACCAGGAGGAUCACUCACAUCUCAGCGGAGCAGAAAAGACGCUUCAACAUCAAACUGGGAUUUGACACCCUGCACAGCCUCGUCACGACCCUCAGCUCCCAGCCAAGCAUAAAGAUCAGUAAAGCCACCACCCUGCAGAAGACGGCCGAAUACAUCAGCAAGAUGCAACAAGAGAGAGCCCAGCUGCAGGAUGAGGCCCAGAGACUCCGAGAGGAGAUCCAGAACCUGAACUCUGCCAUCAAUGCCUGCCAGCAGCAGCUUCCAGCCACCGGCGUUCCCAUCACACGGCAGCGCUUCGACUACAUGAGGCAGAAGUUCAGAGAGUACGUCCGGGCCCAGACUCUGCAAAACUGGAGGUUCUGGAUUUUCAGCAUCAUCAUUGAGCCCCUGUUUGAGUCUUACAAUGGAAUGGUGUCCACUGCCAGUGUUGAGGAUCUGUGCCGGUCCACUCUGUCCUGGCUGGAUCAGCACUGUUCCCUGCCCUCUCUGAGACCCAUGGUUCUGAGUUCACUCCGCCUCCUGUGUACCACCACCGCCAUUCUGACAGACCCAAGCCUCCUGCCGGAACAGGCCACAGUUGCCGUCAGCCAGGGUGACCCCUCUGUCACCACUGACCACUCCUUACAACCCGCCCCCCCGGCAGUAGAACACACCCAUGCUGACGCCUUGAAAACUGGAUGGAAGCUCACUUGAAGAACCAGGACUAAUACAGCUCAGCAGCUUCAAGACUGUUAAGAACUUAUGGUCAUUAUUCAAAUCAAACUCAUCAACAUAAAGAGGGUAGUCUAGUACAUCAUAUAUCGUGCUUACACUUGCUUAACUCUACAUAAAUGGACAUUGUCAACCCAGAAAUUCCAUUUGCUUGUCAGUGUUUUACCCAAGUUAUAAACAUCUUUAUUUUUUAUUUGUAAUCUAAGCAAUGUGGGGAGUUUGCAGAUCUGUCUGUGAAGUUUUUAUACCCUAACUGUCCAUAACGAUGGUUUAAAACUUUUAUACCAACACAAUUAAGAGUGAAGUAUGUCAAACCUUGCAAUUUUCUAAACAAAUUGUUGUAUUUGCUU